AUUUGACCCGGGAGGACGACAGGAAGUUUAAAAGAUGACGUACAGCUCCUCUCAGCACGUAACACUGAGUCACCAUGCUUCUAAAUUGUUUUGGUGAUGAGUGGAAAUUAAUCUUUAACAUUAAACCAAUUCACGUUGUGUAUUAGAGAGUUGGAUUUUGGACCAACAAACAAUCUUUCAUUUAUUUUAUUUUCUCUUCUUGGAAACUCCCACAGUAGGUGUGUCUUCUCUGCGAGUGUAUACAUUGAGACAACACCGAGGCCACAGAAAAGUUGACUUCAGUAAAUGUUAUUUUAAAUCCAGGUGUUGUCGUUCAGCACUGCAGAAACAUCUGGAUUUACGGGAUCUAACAUCUGGAGCCACAGGUAAUGGAAUACAAUUGUUCUCCGUACGUUGAUGUAUUAGCUGUUGAGGACGAGAUGUCUUCUUCUCCUCGCCACUGCCGCCGCCUGCUACUGCUCUUCUGGAUCCUGCUGGUUCAGUUUCCUCAGGCUCAGUCCAGACCGGACACCGAGGACACCGACACGGACACCGCGUUGGCGCCUCAGUGGGUAACGCCGGAAAAGAUGGAGAAGGAGAAGCGGCCCCACGUCCUUACCGGAAAUACCGUAAAGUUUCGUUGCCAAGCGUCAGGAAACCCCGUCCCCUCCCUGCGCUGGUACAAGAACGGCAAAGAGAUCAGGAAGGAUCAGAGGAUCAGAGAGUUCAAGAUCAGAAAACACCGGUGGACUCUCAUCAUGGAGUUUGUGGUCCCGUCUGAUAAAGGUAACUACACCUGUGUGGUGGAGAAUGAAUACGGGAGCCUGAAACACACCUAUCAGCUGGAUGUCGUAGAGCGCUCUCCUCACAGACCCAUCCUGCAGGCGGGUCAUCCGGCCAAUCAGACGGCCGUGGUCGGCAGUAAUGUGGAGUUCGUGUGUCGAGUGUUCAGCAACUGGCAGCCUCGCAUCCAGUGGCUCAAACACAUCACCAUCAACGGCAGCCGGUACGGACCGGAUGGACACCCGUACACCCGUGUGCUGAAGAAUGCAGGUUUGAACUUGACGGAUAAAGAAAUGGAAGUUUUGACUCUGAAGAACGUGACGCUGGAGGAUUCGGGAGAGUACACCUGCUUUGCCGUAGACUCCCUCGGGUCUUCGUAUCACACGGCCUGGCUCACUGUGAUCGACGCAUACACUCAUGGCCAAAAGUAUUGGCACCCCUGCUCUUCUGUACUGGACAAGAUUAUUGGCAUCUUGUCAAAAUUGUAAGACAUAAUUGCAUUUCAAGCAUGUGAUGCUUCUAUAAUUUGUAUUUAAACUCACCUGUGGCAGGUAAGAGGUGCUGCCAAUAUAGAAAUCAUACUUGCACACCACA